AUGGGGUAUAUGAGGUCGCUGCUGGUGCGUCCAUGCCCCAUCGAUCCCAACCACCUCUCCUUCAUCGCCAUGUCCUCCCAGGCUACCAAGCGCAUCACCCGCUCGAUGAGCACCCGUGCUGCCAAGCGCCAACGCCUCCAUGAGCAGCUGAUCUCCUUGGGAAUCGAAGAGACAUACCCUGUCCUCCUGGCCGUCCUCUCGAUCCCCGAGCUGAUCGAGAUGCUCCCUGCCUGCAGUCUCGUGAAGCUCAAGGCAACUUCCAGCGACGUGAGGACUCUGCUCUCGACCAAGACUGUGGGCAUUCGUAUCUGGGCCGAGUGGUUCGACAAGCAACACCACACCAGACUUCUCUCUGCCGACUGCGCCCAGCUGGUCAAGUAUUUCCCCGCUGGAUCGAUUCCCUUCAACCUCAAGUGGCUCAAGUCCAUUCCGAGAUCCGUGGUUUCAGCCGAGUUCGUCCGAGUCGCAUCUCGUAUCCGCCGAGACAACUCCGAAAUCCAGAUCGUACGACGACUCCUCGAGGUCAAGCACGUCCCCACUGCGAUGUGGGUGGUUGAGGACAAGGUCUGGAAUGAUGAAUGCAUCAGCAAAAGCCUUUCCGUCCUGCGCAACAAAUCCGAGGUGCUCGACGACUUCCUCCUCGAACAUCGCAAAUUUUUCCUCGGAUCACCAUCUGAAGAGAUCAACCAGGCGUACUUUCAGUGGCUCAAGUCGUUGGACACAUCCAAACUGAAGGUCAAAUUCACUCUCCACGAAUGCUAUCGAUAUGGCAGAGGUACUGAUUUGAACCCGACCCAGGCCUUGGAUCUCCUGGUCGAAUGCGCCCGCGCCGGGUAUCGCAGCACUGUCCAGGAAAUCUACAACAUCUGCCAAUACGGGUAUAUUCGAGAUGCGCCCCAUGCAUCGUCCGUCUGGCAUUGGUUGUCGGAAUCGUCGGGACACAGUCUCCCUGAAAGGGACAGGAACCUCCUGAGGUUCUACUGCAUGAAGCACGCAAUUGGGUUCCCUCGAUCGAUAAACUGCAAGACGUUCUAUCAGUACAGCCUACUCAGUGCGUACAGGGAUGGUAGCAUGAUAGCACGCCAGCAAAUCCUCAGCAUUUCCUCCAGUGCAUUUCAUCCCUGGGAUCGCCCUGAGAACUGGAAUGAUAUCAUUCCUCUGGACCACAUCAUCGCAGCCAGAAACGACCCCCGGGUUCAAGCCAUGUUGAUCGACUUGCUCAAGCGAUCACUCAUGGCCCAGAACGAUGGUGCUGCUCUUUGGUCUCACUAUGAGAGGCUCAUUCGCGAGGCAUGCAUGCAGUGAAUGGAGUGCACACACCUUCUUCCAAUCCUCUUCCAACCCGCUCACAAGCGACGACGUUUCAC